AUUGAAUCUUCCUUUAGCUCAAUAUCUAUGUUAGCCAAAAAAAAAAAAAAAGGGUUCCCAAGGGCUGAAGCUAUUAGCAAACUAGUGUCAGUGUCGUUUUGUAAAUUAAUUUUGGGAUUCGCGGAUGUCGAACUUGUUUUUUUGGUGUUAUCCCUUUUGUCUUCAUUUCCCCUACCCUUUUGGAUGCCUUCACAGAAUCAUGAGCCACUCAAUUCUUGCAAAUUCUUAUCCUAGACAAAUCCUUGAUGUACAAAAGUAAGAGCCGAGAAAUAUUGGAAAGAAGGAUCUAAAUGUACAAUGGUGGCAUUACCCUUACCCGCGGCCUCUCUCUUCUUAUUUCUUCUACAAAUUUGGCCAGGUUUUUCUGGCUCCGGCUCAGCAGUCAAGUUUCUUCCUGGAUAUGAAGGUGCUCUCCCGUUUCAGCUCGAAACCGGGUAUGUCGGUGUGGGGGAAUCUGAGGAAGUGCAGCUCUUUUACUACUUUGUAAAGUCAGAGAAAAAUCCUGAGGAAGACCCACUGUUACUUUGGUUAACAGGUGGCCCUGGCUGCAGUACCUUCUCAGCCCUUGCAUAUGAAAUUGGUCCAUUGAAUUUCAAGGUUGAGGAGUAUAACGGAAGCCUGCCAAAAUUGAUCUUGAAUCCAUACUCAUGGACAAAGGUGGCCAGCAUCAUAUUUGUAGAUUCACCAGUCGGUACCGGCUUCUCCUAUGCUAGAAAUCCUCUUGCCUCUCAGACCGGUGACUUGGAGCAAGUUGACCAGCUCCACCAUUUUCUGAGGAAGUGGCUUAUAGAUCAUCCUGAAUUCGUCUCAAGUCCACUCUACAUUGGUGGGGACUCAUAUUCUGGCAUUCCGGUUCCGGUGCUGGUCCAAGAGAUCUCUUUAGGAAAUGAAGCAAACAUCAAACCGCUUAUAAAUCUCCAGGGAUACAUACUAGGGAACCCCUUAACUAAUGGAACUCUUGAAAACAGCUUCGUGGUCCCAUUUGCUCAUGGACACGGACUAAUUUCUGAUGAGCUUUAUGAGUCAUUAAUGAAGAGCUGUGGAGGAGGAAAUAUAGAUCCAAGCAACCUCGAGUGCUGGAGAAAUGUUCAGUAUUACUUCAAGUGUAUUUCAGGAAUUCAAUCUGCGCAUAUUCUGGAACCCAUUUGCGCUUUUGCUUCCCCAAAGCAACCAGAGAUGUUAGGGAGAAGAAGACGGUCCCUAACCCUCCAUAAGCUACUCGAUCCAGAACCGUCUAUUCCUCAAUUUGGCUGUCGCACAUAUGGAUAUCUGCUCUCUCGUUAUUGGACCAACGAUGAUAAGGUUCGCAGGGCCCUCCACGUAAGAAAGGGAAGUAUAAGAGAAUGGCAACGGUGCAACUAUGAAAUAUCUUACACAUCUAACAUCCCAAGCAGUUUCCAGUAUCAUGUAAACCUCAGUACCAGAGGCUACCGUGCUUUAAUUUACAGUGGCGACCAGGACAUGCUUAUACCAUUCUUGGGAACUCAAGCUUGGAUAAGAUCUCUAAACUAUCCCAUUGUUGAUGAUUGGCGGCCAUGGAUGCUCCAAGGCCAAGUUGCUGGAUACGCAAGGACGUACUCCAAUAGGAUGACAUUUGCCACCAUUAAGGGUGGAGGGCACACAGCUCCGGAGUAUAGACCAGCCGAGUGUCAAGCCAUGUUUGAAAGGUGGAUAUCUGAAGAACCUUUGUAACAUUCUUCGAAAUUACCUGUUAUGUUACGUUUAAUGCAGGAUUUGAAAAUUUGCAUAACACUUUGAAGUGUCGAGGGGGGAGAAGACAAAACUGUAUCAUAAAAUGUACUUUGUCCUUUGCCCUCAGAAUCACAAAAACAAUGCAUCGAAACCCUUUGUGCUUUGAUCCAUUGGCCAAGAGAUGCAUUAACGUUGUGUGUUCCGUGUAACAGUGAACUCCACUGAACUCUUUAUCUAGUAGAAAUUAUUUUCUUUAUAUAAAUAAAAAACAAUACACAAU